CUCUCCACACGUAGCCAGUGUCCGCGCGUGCUUCAACGUGCUUGCAGUUCUAGCUUUUGGUUCUUUCACUUCCGGUCCAGGGAUUCGUUUAGGUCAUCUAUUGGGAGUGAGAUUCGUCUCACCAGAGCUUAUUUGCAUCGUAUUCGUGCCGCUUGGCUCCACUUCAACAUCUCGAGGAAGCCCACAUCCUCGGUUGGUUCCAGACUCGCGGUUGACCCGGACGCGUCGUUGAGCGGAACGCACCGUACCUGCCUGCUGUUUUGCGGCAUCAGUGGAGGAAGUCAGCUCCAAGAGUCUAACCGUGCGGACACCGGUGUGAGCGGACUUCAGCUGACCUGAGCGCCUGCCUCUUCAAGCCAUCGUCAUGUACCCCGAGCUGCUGGUCCUGUCGGACGACUCGUUGCUGACGGUGCUGUCGUACCUGCCGCCCAGGGAGCUCAUUGGCUGCCGCCUGCUGUGCCGACGCCUCCGCGACCUGUGUCUCCAUCGGGACCUGUGGAAGAAGGCCGUGGUGCGUGGGCGGGGCCUGGUGCGCGCCGCACUGGCCCUGGCGCCGUGCGUGUCAGCCCUGAUCGUGGACAGCGGGUUGCCUCUCGAGGUGCUGGCCUCUUACGUGCCCAGCACCACAUGCGUCGUCGCCGCGCUUCACCUGGGAGUAGGCAAUCAAACCGAAGCGUUGUUCGCCGCGCUCAUCGUCCAGAAGCUCUCGGCUCUCGGUGGUCUCAAGAUGAUCGCCCUGAAUAUUGACCACUCUUUCCCUCCGGGAGACACGCUGACUCCACUCCUGCAGGCGGCCUACAACAUCGAUGGUCUGAAGGAACUUCAAAUCGACAACAACACUGAGAAAGCCCUGCCGGCUGCGUGGUGCGAGCGUCAGGUCAGCCCUUCCAUGACCAAGCUCCUGUACUUGGGACCCUCCGCGGGGCCCUUCCUGGAGCUGCUUCUACGAACCCACGCGGCCACUCUCCAAGACGUGUCUCUGUAUCUGACGGAAGGUACCCCGGUGUCUUUUUUGGAGAAGAUUCCUGGCUUGCGACAUUUGGUGUGUCACCCGCACGAAGAUCUAUCCCGGCUGUCGAAACUGCCCGAACUGCAGACUUUGGACCUGGCAGAGUCGCCUGACGACGAGCCAUUCGUCGCUGGUGCACUGGAACUACUCCGUCAGGCGUCGCACCUGCGGACCGUGACUUUCUGUUUCACGUGGGUACAGCCGCUCGCUCCGCUGUCGGCACUUGUGGAAUCCCCCUCUGCCCGACUCGUGGAAAACCUUGAGCUGUGCAGCGCGAGGUGGGCGGACUUGGACGUGGUGGCGGCUGCUCUACCGCAGUUUCCCUCCCUGCGUACCCUCUCUCUGGACAUAGUGCCGUCGUAUGACUUCUUGCGGGCAGUGAGCCCCACUUCUGCGCCGUCCCUGACGACGCUCAAAGUGUACCCCUCCCGGAGACUGUGCCUCCACGCCUGGCUUCACGACCCGGCCAAUCAAGAUCUCCUGGCGAGGAAUGCCCGCCUUCACCUGCAGCCUAUUUUUCCACAGUCCGUUUCGACCGUGACGAUCUCCGACAAGUGCGAGUGCCAGUGGUGCCGUUGGGGAUGCCACAGCUCACUGAGGGGCCCCAUCAGCGCAGACACCUCGUUCGCCACGCACGGAAAGAUGUCUUCCUGCCCGACUGGCUGCUUCCAGAUUUGACCGUGCGGUGACUAUGUACUCUUAUUGAUUCAAGGUUUUUACUCCUGUUGACGUAACUUACCAAUAAAACCGUCACUUUGCCAAGA